GUCAGAGCAGGUCAGUCCCUGCUGUCGGAGAGUUAGCAAGAGCAGAGUGUCAUGCUGUGCCUCCCCUUUCCCACAGUGCACCCGAGAUAAAAGGACUCUGGCCAGAGACCCUCCGAGGACAGAGUCAAGGUCCCACAGGAGUGAAAUUCAUCCCUGAGCAGCCAACCCAGAUUCCAAUGAGGUUGACAAGCAGUUUCGAUGCGUCAAAGACACUAAAUGCCAAUACUAUGGAGACAUUAAUUGAAUGUCAAUCAGAGGGUGACAUCAAGGAACAUCCCCUGUUGGCAUCAUGUGAGAGUGAAGACAGCAUUUGCCAGCUCAUUGAAGUUAAGAAGAGAAAGAAAGUGCUGUCCUGGCCCUUCCUCAUGAGAAGACUCUCCCCUUCAUCAGAUUUCCCCGGGGCUUUGGAGCCAGAGUUGAAAGUGUCGCUGUUUGAUCAACCCUUGUCAAUUAUCUGCGGUGAGAACGGCACCCUGCCCAGGCCCAUUCAGGACAUUCUCACUAUUCUCUGCCUUAAAGGCCCUUCCACUGAAGGAAUAUUCAGGAAAGCAGCCAGUGAGAAAGCCCGAAAGGAGCUGAAGGAGGCACUCAACUGCGGAGGAACGGUGGCCCUGGAAGGGCUCCCUGUACACCUGCUGGCCGCGGUCUUCAAGGACUUCCUCCGGAGCAUCCCCCUGAAGCUACUGUCCUGUGACCUCUUUGAGGAGUGGAUGGGCGCCCUGGAGAAGCGGAACGAGGAGGACAGAAUUGAAGCCCUGAAGCAGGUUGCAGAUCAGCUUCCCCGGCCCAACCUCCUGCUGCUCAGGCACCUGGUCUACGUGCUGCACCUGAUCAGCAAAGACUCCGAGGUCAACAAGAUGGACUCCAGCAACCUGGCUAUCUGCAUCGGCCCCAACGUGCUCACCCUGGAGAAUGACCACAACUUGUCCUUUGAGGUCCAAAAAGACUUGAACAAUAAGGUUAAGACAUUGGUGGAAUUCCUCAUUGACAACUGCUUUGAGAUAUUUGGGGAGAACAUUCCAGCUCAUUCCAGCAUCACUUCUGAUGACUCUCUGGAACACACAGACAGUUCAGACGUGUCGACCCUGCAGAAUGACUCAGCCUACGACAGCUACGAUCCUGAUUUCGAAUCCACCAGGGCCAUCAAGAAUCCCAGCAGGCAGCCCCAGGCACCCACAGGCACAGCUGCCAGCCUGGACAUUAGGGGACCACAGGACACCUGUGAGUUAAACCUGGAGCCAGUUGUGAGCACGGUCGCCAGACUGAAGAGCUCCAUCAGCCAGGUAGACAGGAGGUUCUCGGAACCCAGCAUGCCACUCUCUCAAGAGUGCCUUGAGAGCCGGGUGACAAACCAAAAACUAACCAAAAGUGAGGACGACUUCACCAUGCCCCGGGAAGGUUCUCCUUUUGAAAAUGAGGAAACCGAAGACCCGUUUCCGGAGGAGGUCUUCCCUGCGGUGGAAGUCAAAGCCAAGAGACCGGUGGACCUAAAGAUCAAGAACUCAACCCCGGGUUUGGCUUUGCUGCAGGGACCAGGACCCAAAGCCUUAUCCAGCGGCUCCCUGGAUGGGUCCUCUGACAAUUCACCUGCAGCUUCUCCUUCCUGUCCCAAAAAAAAUUUCUUCACCAGACAUCAGUCUUUCACCACGAAGACUGACAAAAGCAAGCCCAACAGAGAAAUUAAAAAGCACUCCAUGUCAUUUUCCUUUGCCUCUCACAAAAAAGUGCUGCCCAAAACCCCCAGCUGUGGGACUGCGAAAUCCAAAGACUUUACCAGAGACCAAGUCAAGAAGGGCUUGAGAAGAGAAAGCCAGCUUGCUGGAAGAAUCAUCCAGGAAAGCAGGUCCGACAUCUACAGCCAAAUAGCCGCAGGCUGCAGCUUGCCCCCUGGGGUCUCAGUCAAUGAUGUGUUCCAGCUGGUUGACCAGAGGAGUCCAGGAAGCCCACCAUCCUACCAAGAGGCCAUUCAGUGCCAGGUGUCCGGACUCUCCGACUACGGCAGCCAGACGGUGGGAAGUAUGAGGGCAAGAAUGCUGAGCCAGGACUCCGUGUGUCCACCUCUUCUGCCUGCUCACCAUGGAGGGGACUGCAGGAGUAUCUGCCAUGAAGAGGCAUUUAGUGGACGCAGACUGUCUUCCAUGACUGAGUGUUGGGAACAGGGUGGCACCUCUGUGGAAACUCGAGGGCCUGGGACGACCCUGGGGCGGCCUGAGCUUCCCAGCCUGAGGACUGUGUCCGAGCUGAUACAGAAGGACAAGCGGGACUACCUCAGGCGACGAUGUAGCCAGCCGAUCUUUGAGGCUGACCACCUCCAGUAUGUUAAAGAGUCCUACAUUUAGGAAGGAAGGCCAUUGGCCAUGACUAGCUGGUGGCGUCUCUGUACAUAUGGGAUUGCAGAAAGAACUGUUUGUAGAUUGUGUUCAAAAAAGUCAUGAAUAAGCUCUUUCAAAAAGUUGUGUAGUGCCCUUCCUGGGGACAGCCGCACGGGGGCGCUUCACAGUUUCUGUGCAUACCUGGAUUUGUGCGAUAUGUAGCAAAUGUAUAAACUGUAUCAGAGACAGGGUGUUAGGUGCGAGGACUGUCUGCCAAAUCCAUGAUUGCAUGUGUUUGUGUCCUUGCAGUACGUUGCUGUUCUUCGCCUCCUGGGGCAUAUUUUUGUUGAUUAGUGUUUUAAAAUCAUCUUUGCUUUGUUAAUGUUGCCUCAAAUGUCAGGCCGAUUUUCACAUUUUCCACCAAUUCCGUCUAGAGAAAAAUAUUUAAAUCUUCAGCGUACGCUUACUCUACUAAGGAGGUUUGCUUAUUAGCUAAUUACAGCAGAAGAGAGAGAGAGAAAGUUCAGUGUUGAGAGUUGUCAAGAAACAUUAGGAAACGACCAUAAAGAAAAUUAAGAAAAUACUUACAUCGUUUUAAUCAUCUGAUUAAAUUAGGAUAGAUUAGUGGGAAAACAUUACAUCCAUUUUAACUCACUUAGAGCACUUUGAGUUUCUUUGUUCGUUGGUGUCAUGCAGUAGUGCGGAGGUAAAUGAUUUUAUAUGCGUUGAGGGUCAUAUGCAAAACUUCAAUGUAAUUUCACUACAAUAAAUUACCUUCCUUAU